UCGAAGUACAACGAAAGAUAGAGAGAGUGGACACAUACCAGAACAGGAAUGGAAAAGGUAGGUGAAGACACUAUUGAAGAAGCAAACAACUCAAUUGAGGAGACGAGGAGUGAAAAGGAAGAUGAAAGUAUAAGAGGUAUAAUUCCUGAUCGGGUUGAUCCAGUAGAUUCCACAGAAGAAGGCUCUACGGGUCCAUCUAACUCACACACUGUAGUCUCCAAAGAUCAUGAUUUUAGUGAAUCUGAUAUGGAGGACGAAGAGCAGGUUCUCGAGUUUUUCAGACGUAGUAGUGGUUUGCUACCUGAGGUCGCCAAGAGAAACAACUUCCCUUAUCUUAACAACUCUGAAGGGAUAGUACUUCAGUUCCAAGAAGAUACUCCUGCAGAAACAGAAGAAACAAAUGUAAUGUUCCACAGUUUGAAUGAUAGCAACGAGAUUGCCGAUCUAAGUGCUGUAAACCUGAAUUCACCUGAUAAACUUGAAGGAAUCAAGUCAUCAUCAGCUUCAGAUGAGGAUACCGAGGACUCAUCUAGUAACUCAGACCUUGAUUCCAGCCUUUCCAGGUAUUAUUUUGAUGGAUCCUUACCGGUUUCAGCUCAUGUCGAAGAAUUUGAAACCCAUCAAGAUGAAUUCCCUGUACCUAAAGAUGAAAACCAGAUGCCUCUGCUGUGCCUCAACCAACCGGUGCUGCAACCAACUUCAUGGAGAAAUUGCUGUGGACUCCUCGAGCUUCUCUGGGCUGCUGAUCCAUAAUAUUCAGGAACGAGGAAAAUCGACCUCCAAUGAAUGGAUCUUAGCUUGAAGUAAGGAAUAGUCUUAUAGAAUAUAGACGUGACAUGUUGUUCUGGUAACCAAGACAAAAUGGUUUAUAAUAGUAAAAGUUGCUCCUGCUCACUUUCUGGAGUUUACGAGCAAUCUUUAGGAUCUGUGUAAUGAAGCAUUGUCAAGCAA